AUGAGCAUGGACGCUGGCGGUCUUGCUCAAAUGACCUACAACAACUUCCAAUCCCAGGGCGGAUUCGGCGGCCCCACCUCGAGCUUUGCGUCUCGUGGUAAGGGUGCUCAGCUGAAGCGUCUCAGUGUCGCCUCGCCGCCCAAGGUUGCCUCGAUUGCUGAGGACUCGGUUGCCACGCCUCGCACCAGCCGCUCCCACCUCCUGGCCGGCCUCCGCACUGCGCCCAAGACUCCCACUGUCGGUCAGCCUCCUGCUUCGGCUCCCUACUCGCAGCCCCAGCACAACCAGGGUACCAACAACGCCAACCGCUCCCAGAGGCAGUACAAUGGCGCCAACCAGGGUAUGCCCCAGACUGCUAUCGGCUCCGGUUUCAACCAGUCGCACCAGCAGCAGCCCGACUUCUACAACCAGGUCCUGGCCCCUCCCUCGUUCGAGUUCGAUGACGGCGAGAUGGACCCCAAUGUCGCCGCCCAGCUUCUGGCCACCGAGCUGUACCUCGCCCAGAGGCAGCAGCAGCUCCAACAGCAACUGCUUGCUUUGACCACCCAGCAGUUUGGCAACAUGAACAUGCAAGGCCAGUACCAGUCACACCAGUACCCCAACACGCCGUACACGCCCCAGAUGAACGCCUACGGCCAGCAGUUUGGCAACACUGCCAUCCAGGAGACUAACCAGCCCGGUGUCUACCUCGUCUUCAACCAAAUGACUGGCCAGUACCAGUACGUUGUUGACCCGAGCUACCAGCACGACAUGUCUGCCCAGAACGGCGUGCCGGCUCUGUCGCACUCGCCGCCUCCGCCGACUCCCCGUUUUGCUGUUUCGCCGCCCAAGACUGACACACCGGUCCUCCAUGUGUCUCCUCCCAACGAGAGCAACCCCAGCCCCUGGGCCACUCGCAGCUCCUCGCCGCCCAAGAAGUCCAACACCCCGCCUCAGGAUGUUGUUCCGCUUCCGCCGCCAUCCGCCAAUGCCUUCCGCCGUGGUCACAAGAAGAACAUGUCUUCUCUUGCUGUCGAUGGCCGUGCUGAGACACCCGAGGCUCCUCGCUCAGCCUUCCCCCGUCCUGGUGGCUUCCCUGCUACCCCCAUGACCGGCACUUUCGGUCCUGGUCAAGCACGCGCUGGAGAGCACCCGAUGCGUCAGCCUCGCAACCCUCCUUCCAUCGAGGAGCUCAAGGAACGUCCCACUACCAAGCACGAGGGCAGCAAGAACUUUGCUACCCGCCAACGCCGCCAGGCUGUGGGCAGUCUUGUACGAGCUGGCAUCGGACGCCGUGCUCACCAGACUGGUAGUGGAAGCGCUUCGCCAGACAGCGAGCACUUUCCUUCUUCUGACAACGACACCGACAGUGUUCACAGCGGAGGAAGCGGUAGCCUCUCCGGAAGGCCGAGCAUUGGCAGCCUUCGUGCUGUUGCAAACGGCGCCAUUGGCUCAGAGCGCAAGGCUUCCAAGGAGCGAUCCCGCGACCAUUCCGUCAACCGCUCUUACACUGCCAAUAGCGUUAGCAGCGAUGAUGGCGCGUCUGUCGGGGGCGGUCUGGUCGACAUCCGCCCAGAGGAGAACGGUCAACGCCGUGGCAUGCCCAAGCUCGUCCUUACCAGCGCUGAGAAGCGCAAGAACACCGUGUUCUAAGUAGGUCUGCGGAUUGGACAAACCCCAUCAGGGACUUUCUCCCGUGUGAAUAUUACUGUGGCGCCUUCGGACGCGCUAUGUUACGGCAUUACGAUCAUUUCCUUGCCCGUUUGUUCUUUCUGUUCUUGCAUUUGACCAAAGGUCAGCUUUGUUGUUUAUCGAAUAUCACGAUUAUCCUUCGUCUCUUUCCCAGCACAAUGGAAAGAUCCUCAUUCUCCGUCCACAUUUGACUUUUUUCUUCUUUCUUCACCUCUUCUGACUUUGACGCGAACUGUUUUCAAUGAGCAUGGUGGCAAGCUCUGUAUGGGAUUGAACGGGCGAAAUUUGGACAUGCUUCACGGGCAACGAUCUCUUUGCCUGUGGCCGAGAGAUUCUUGCACUCCUUGGGCUUUUUCGUGUUGUGUGCGUGUUAUCUUUUGUUCAAGAGGGAGGACUGGUGCACUGGGUUUUUUAAAUCAAUCAACAACAACAACAACAACAACAAAACAAAUAGCAAAUACUCUCGCUACUGCAUGCAUUUUGGCUUGCAGAGCGGGUAGGACAGAAGUAGUGGCGUGAAUUCAUGUAGGAUGAGAUACCUAAAUGCAAACACACUCGCUUACCAACA